GAAGCGGCCUAGCGGGAGGAGCAGGCGGUGCCGCCCGCGGGAGGGGAGGAGGGGUUGGUGCUUACAGGACAUUGGUAGAUUCACCAUCUCACCUACCGAUGGCAUUUGGGACUUCUAAAAACAUGAAUAGCCCCAAGCUACAAAUCAAGAUGAGCUCGUGGACACCUCUGAGCAACCCAGUCAUGAACGAGCAGGUAUUUGAAGAAAGAAGAGCCCUGUUCAGAAAAUGGUUUAUCAAGUGGACAGAUGCUCAGAGACAGAAGAUCCUGGUGGAUCAGUUGGAGCUCUGCUCCCUGUCCCUGAAGAAAUUCUGUGCCCGGAAGCUACAAGAUCAAAUUCCUAUCGAAGCUCUAGAUUUUACCAUGAAGCUUCCUAGAGUUCUGUCCCUGUACAUCUUCUCCUUUCUGGACCCACGGAGUCUUUGUCGAUGUGCGCAGGUGAGCUGGCACUGGAAGAACCUGUCUGAACUGGAUCAGCUCUGGAUGAAGAAAUGCUUGCAUUUUGGUUGGUACAUCAACUUCAUUCCAACCCCCUUUGAGCAAGGAAUCUGGAAGAGACAUUACAUUGAAAUGGUGAAAGAGCUGCGUGUUACAAGACCAAAGACUGCUUCGAAGGAUGAGUCCAUAGUUACUGAAGUACAGAAAGUGAGAAGUAACACGCCAGAAGGAAAACAUUCUGCACCAGAAAAGAAGACUAGAAAGAAGAAAAAAGAAAUUCCACCCUGGCGUUCACCAGACAAGUGCCCAAAAGACACCAUGAGAUUCAACUGCCUGAACAACUAUGAUCCCAUCGAACAGGCCAGGCAGGCGAGAAAGAAAGGAGGAGGGGAGACCCCAGACCUUAGCUGGCAAGCAGCUAGGAAGAAAAAGAAAGCAGUUUGUGGAUCUAAGAAACUCCAGAAAUCAACAUCACUGCUAUCACUUACUGAAGACUUUGGGUUGACUCAAAAACCACCAGCUCGCCCCAGCUGGGCCACUUCCCAGCCCAUUGGGAACCUACCUUACAGAGAAGCAGCAAAGACCCUCGCCCAGAGCUCCCAGUUCAAUGCUGGGAUACGACCUGCACCUGUUCGAGCUCCAGUGCUAAAACCACGUGCCAGAGAAAAGAAAGACUUCACAGAGACGACCACCACAUCUCCAUCCUCUCCGCAAUGUGAGGCUCAGCCUGGGCUCAUUCCUCCAUCAGAUAACGAUCUGGUACAGGCUAAGGAAGGAUAUGAAGCAUCUGUCUCAGUGGAACAGAAGCUUACCUGCCUGGAUGGGGGAGACAACAGCAGCGUUGCCUGAGUCAUAGACUUUCAUCUACUAUACCAUGCAAAUAAAUAGGCAUGCAAGUCCUACAUCCGUUCUCACUAAUCUCUCCAAAAGAAAACUUGACUGCCUUGCUGCCAGUUUUGAUGUUGGAGCAACGGCUUUGUACUUUUUUGGAACUGCAGCAGCUGAUGCGAUGCCUCCUGCCUGCCUUUAAGUCUCCUGGUCCAAGCUGCAGCAAGUCAAAUGUUUACCUGAUGUGCUUUUCACCCUGGCUUCGUAUUGCUGGUGCUAUAAUUUACAUUUUCUUUGGGGUAUGUUGCUUCUGCAGAAUUCACCUUGGCCUUUGAUAACCCUUUUGCAGUUGCCUACUAGAGCUGCUGGACACUAAGCUUGCCUACGGCACAGGGACAUCGUGGGGCACAUCCUAUGGCCAGAGCUGCUUUGUUCUGUUCUCACAAUGAAUUGCAGAAGCUGCCUGUCUGUGGGCAGUGAGGGGAUUGUGGAGGACAAGUGAAGACUACUGGUCACUACUGGCCACCUGGGUGAUGUAAACUGUAUCCCCUCACAGAGCGAGUGGUUUACAACCAAUAUUAAUGUGUUCCUUUAGUUGUAACCACCAGCACCUAACAAAUCAUCUGGAAUGAAGAAAGCAUCACAGCAUUCAAGAAAAAAGCUUUCAAUAUGUGAGAGAAAGGAGGCUUGGGGAGAAUGAGGAAAAGGCUACCUAGUGCUCUAUUGAAGUCAGAAAUUUUCUCAUGCUGUACAAGGCAAGUCCAUCAUUUCAAUCAUGUUAGUGAGAAUGAAAUCCCACCCUCUGGAUUACAGCAUUGCACAGGGCACUGCGUGGGGAGCUGGCACUGGUUUAAUUAUUUACAGCAUUAUUUUCCGCAAUUAUGGAAAUGUAGCAAAUAGCAGUUUUUAACAAUAGGGGGACCAAAUGCAUAACAACUGUAACUUACUGCCUUAUAACCCAGACAGAGCUGAAAUAAAACUGAAACUUUGCACACACUAGGAAGGGCCACAGCAUCCCCAUGAAUUCUCAGCAUUUAUAGACUAGAAAUCAUGUCUUGGAGAAAACACCAGCCACUUUGUGAUAAGGAUUAGGAGAAGUCUUCCAACUCUGUGAACAGAUUAUCCCAUACCAUGUCACUUGAGGGUGUCAAGUUUUUUGGCACAAGAGACAGUGGCCAUUCUCAAGACCAAGCACAAAGCACCAUAGGUUUUAAUGGAAGGGACAGAAUCUGCCCAUCAGGGCCCUUGAUCGAAUGCCUCAGUCACAGAUUGGCUAAUUCAGCACAUCUCUCUCUCCCUGAUGUUAUGUUGUGUUUUUAGUUGCUCCAUGUGCUUGGAAGAGGGAUUUCAUGUCAACCAAAACAACAGCCUAAAAGCUCUUCACCUCAGAAAUGAUUAGCUGAAAUAUGAACUCCUGACAGGGAGUUAUUUUCUUUCUUGAAAGGUUGGACUGGAUGAUCCUUUGGUCUUUUCCAACCUUGGUGAUUCUAUGAUU